GCGUUGGACUCCAGCUUUGUCGCGUACUUCUGGAUUGCCAGCAACUUGCCCUUGAGUGACUAUCAGCCACCUGCCAUUUGGGCCCAUCUGAAUACCGUUUCGGCGUCGCGUACGGACUGCGAUCUGAACGCGCACUAACAACUCCGCCCAGACGCCGUGAGGCUGCAACUAUCCACCAUACAGUAAACCUAUAGCACCCACGACCGCGAUUAGGCACUGCCCAGCAUGCCGCCUUUUCGCGAUGAUCAGAUCUUUAUCAUCGCGCCGGGCUCGCAAACCACGCUGGCGCAAUUAGGCCUGCCCGAAUCUUUCACACCAGCACGAUACCGACUUCGAUCGCGAAUGUUUCCUGGCGAGCAAAAGGGAGAAUACGAGCCGAUCAAGAUUCGGAAGAAGGAGAAGGUUGUAUCAUCAACUGAGAAUGGCACCGAAAACGGCACGACAAAUGGCGAAACGAAGACAGACGAGGCCGAGUGGGAAGAGGAUCGCAUAUCAGAGGAGGGUGCAGUAUGGCCCAUUCAGAACGGCAGCAUUGUGGACUGGCCCUGUUUCUAUGCGCUGCUGGAGCAUGUCUACAAUACCGUCAACCCGCCUUUUCACACGCCCAUCCUUCUGAUAGCAGAACCGUGCUGGACUCACAAGGAGUACGAAAAGGUCGCGCAAUUCGUCUUUGAGAAGUUCAAGACGCCUGCUCUGGCUAUGAUGGAUUCUGCGGUGGCCACGACGUAUGCUUACGGUAUUCCAACUGCCACAGUGGUAGAUGUGGGUCUGAACAAGGCAGAUGUCAGCUGUGUGGUCGAUUUCGUGCUCCAGGAUGUCGGGCGUGGAAUCGCUGUUCCGGAUUGCGGAGGAAAUGCAAUGACGGAUCGCUUGGUGGAGCUUCUGGCAGGGAGAAAAGGCUUCAAUCGAGACGUCUGCGAACAGUUGAAGCGAAGUCCGAUCUGCGAGAUUCUGGGAGCAGAUGUGGAACUGCCAGAUGCGGAAGCUGGAGCUGAAAAUCCUGCGGCCGCGGCGUCAACAGGCGCUGGUGGUGCUGCGCCUGGGCAGCGGAAACAGUCAAUAGCGGGCGAACUUCCACUAGGGCCGGGACCUGGCACUCAAGUCGGUGAGGAGAAGAAACUUGAGGAUGAAGAAGGUGUACUGGAUGUCGCAAGCAUUGUCACGAGCGGCAAUAUGGCCGAAUACUUGGCACAAAAAGAACGUGAGAAGCAGGAGAAAGCGGCAGCCAAGCAGCGAAAGCCGAGUGAAGGGCAAGCACAACAGCAACAGAACAAGCCUGCGAGGUUACCCAACUCUAAGCGAGCGCGAAACACUUUCGUCUAUGAAGACUUUGCGCUUCACGAUGCGAUGAAGAAGGCAGGCAAGAGCGCACAGGAGCUGGUAGACAUGCAGACUGCGCUAGACGGAUCAAGCAAGAAACAAAAGACACCAGAGCCACAAUCGGCAACGUCGGAUAAGCCUGCAGAUGCCUCGUUCGAACAGCAAGACGGUACGACGGAGAAUGCGCCUACUGGAGGACUUCGACGGGAGAUCGAGGUUGGAGCCGAGCGCUUUCAAGCAGCGACAGGCGGUAUCCUCGAACGACUUGCCGAUGCCAUCCAUCGAACAAUACUGUCAUGUGGCGAGAUCGGGAAGCGUAGCGAGCUGUGGGACUCCCUCAUUAUCCUCGGCAAUGGAGCGAAGGUACGAGGCUUUAAGGAGGCCUUGGUCGCAACGCUGCAAGCCAAGUACAUCAUCUCGCCUUCAUCAGCAACAAUUUUCACAUCAGAGCUACCCUCAAAUUUCUCGACACCGAUCGCCACGGGCGCGAAUACACCACAACCCGGCCAGCAGCCUCAGCAUGGUGGAGUCAACCCUCUCCUGCAUGCUGCCUUGACAGCACAGAAUCCACAACUUCAUCCCUCGCAAUCCAUGGGCCACUCACCUGUACCGCACGGAAUGCAUUCAAGUGGGCACGGGCAGACGCCGACCAGCAUCAAGAUCGCCAAGAUCCCUGAAUACUUUCCUGAGUGGAAGGAGGUCGGGUAUGAGGAAGCGACUUUCCUUGGUGCACAAGUUGCGGGCAAGCUGCUGUUCAUUGUCGAUGGAGGGUCGAGCAAGGGGUAUAUGACGAGGACGGAUUAUAACGAUCAAGGACCGAGCGGGAUACACGAUGUACGAAUGUGAGAGGGCGAUGAUGAGAAUCCUACAGUGCGAUAGGCACUGCCAAAAGUAAGAGGUGGUACUUUUUCUUGCAUGCGGAGACGAAUGCUGCAAGCUAUGAAAGAAUAGAGAAAAAGAACUUUUGCAGGCUCGAUUCGUGACUGGCUUGCGAGCGCCAAUGUCGAAGACUGCCGACCGCUUGCGUUUCUCAUUGCCUGUUCUUACGACAACCCGCCGCCGCCCGUGCCUUCAGUCGCAUGUGCUCCGUCGCACAGCGCCAUCUCCUUAUUGCACCUCAAGCGCUUAAGACCUCUCACAUUACGACGCACGACUCGCCCUUCUUGCUGCUCUUCUUCUUGUUUCCGCCCUUCCACCCACCGUUCAUUUCCGUCAACGCUCCCUUCUUCU